CCUCAAGUUAUUGUCAUGACCAAGGUGGAUAAAGCCUGUGAGCUGGUCAGCAAGGAUUUAAAGAAAAUCUACUACAGCAAGAAGAUCAAAGAGAAGGUAACCGAGUGCAGUAAUACCGUGGGCAUCCCUCUUAAUGCCAUCUACCCUGUGCAGAACUACUCUGAAUCCAUCAUCCAAGAUCCAGAUACUGACAUGCUCAUCCUCACAGCACUGAGAGAUAUUCUAAAUUUUGCCAAUGACUAUGUGGAACGAGAGAUGGAAAAAGAUGACUAGUCCUGAAAGACAUAUAAAUUAAAGAGGUUUAAAGUGAUACUGUGGACAACCAUAAAGUGCAUUUUGUAUUUUAUCCUUUAAAAUUUCCCCUUAACCUACAAAUAAUUUUUUAACAAAUGAUCCUUAUAAUGACUUUUAUACUUUUUAGCCAAUGCUUCCUCAUGCAGCCUGUUUAUCUGUCCAGCUCUCUCACCUCCGCACCUGUACACACCGCUCAAACAGAAUAACUCCAACAUAAAGACCUCAUGAUGCUGUAUUACUAUUGUCUACUUAUUGUAAUAUUAUUAUUUCUGGAGAUCAGGUUUUCACAAGGGCAGUUUCAUACUUUUGUUGCAUGUUUUAUAUAUAAAAUGUGUGAAUACAGUAAUACCUCACACAUCCACGAGGUUACAUUACAGGACCCAUUGCGAAUGACGAGUUUUUGUGGAUGUUCGGUGGAGUCACUAAAAAUGCUAAAAUUGUACUGUAACUGCUUACUUUUAGAGAUUAAACCCUAAAUAUGACCACAAUAAUGCCAAAACACUUUAAUUGCAUGAAAUAAA